AAGUGACAGGCAUUCUGGGUAAUUCCCUGUUUAUAUUCGGCAGAGAAGGGUGCUGUGGCAGCAUUUCCCUGUUCUGUUUCAGUCCAGAGGAUGGCUCUGGAGACGGUGCCCAAGGACCUGCGGCACCUGCGGGCUUGUUUGUUGUGUUCGCUGGUCAAGACUAUAGACCAGUUUGAAUAUGAUGGUUGUGACAAUUGUGAUGCAUACCUUCAGAUGAAGGGUAACCGAGAGAUGGUAUAUGACUGCACCAGCUCUUCUUUUGAUGGAAUCAUUGCAAUGAUGAGUCCAGAGGACAGCUGGGUCUCCAAGUGGCAGCGAGUCAGUAACUUUAAGCCUGGUGUGUAUGCAGUGUCAGUCACUGGUCGUCUGCCCCAAGGAAUCGUGAGGGAGCUGAAAAGUCGAGGAGUGGCCUACAAAUCCAGAGACACAGCUAUAAAGACCUAGCAAGAUGCAUGGCUGCCAGUGUCUUGCCACUGCCUCCUGCCUCUGCUUAUUUAUUGUUAUGAAACUAAAUGGACAGAACAUCAAAUACUCCUCACUCUUCAAUUCUGAGGCUCAACGGACUGAUGAGAGAGCAGCACAGCGUGUUCCUGGGCCAUUUUACCUUCUUUGGACUACUAGUUGGGGUAGGAGUGGUGUGGGUGAUAGAUUAAUAGAGUGAAUUGAGUGGGGGGUAGGAUUUUUUUUCCUACCCACACCUAUCCACCAAGCUGCCUCCUUGCCCAUGGCCAGGACUCCUUAUCAAAUGCCAAUAAACGUGAAUCCAUAGCCCAUGA